GUCCAGCCCUUUGUAUCUUAUGCUCUGACCGGUUUAUAAUCUCUGACCGCUGAAUUCAGCAGCAUAUGAGAUAAAGUUGCUCAUCCAGAUAGAGAGAGAUGCUAGCUGGAGUUCUUCUUCUGAUAUUUCUGCCUCCCCUGGUGGCAAAGGAUCUCUGUAAAGACAGUCAAGAUGGAUUUAAAGUCAGACUAAGCAUUAAAACGGCCCUCGGAGAAGAAGCCUAUGACUGGAAUGAGAGCGAGAUGUUUCUUUUCAGAUCUACUCUGGCGUAUGCGAUGAGGAAAGAAACUAAGAACGACACGUAUGACAUUACCAACAUACUGGUGUGCAAUGAUACACCAAGAGUGUCGUUCAUGUUCGUGGUGACAUCCCCAGGUCAACCAGACCAACUGAUCCCCAAAGAACAAGUAGAAAAAGCAGUGAGGGAGAAUAAGCAUCGCAUAAACAAUGCAUUCCUGUUAUCGGACAUGACCCUGGAGUUUUUGGGAAUCCCGCCGACGCUGUCAGCCCCGAUCAUAUACGACACUGAACCCUGGCUCAUCGUGUUUGGGGUGGUCAUUGGUGCCGUGGCUGUGGGGAUCGUGGCUUUACUGAUGUCCACAGUAAGCAAAAAACGACGAGCCAAAGAAAAAGCUGCUGGUCUUUCAGAAGAGGAUGAAGGGAUAGUCAAAGAGAACGGAACCGCACUUUCGAGUUUUGGUGGGAAAGAAGGCGCCUAUAAUCAAGCGUUCUCAAAUGACGACCGCUUCACCAAGCUGUAGACGCUGAUGACAGCCAAAGUGAAAUAGUAAAGCCAUUCAGAUUCACUGAAUAACCUAUAAAAUGCUUCACAUAUAACAAAGAAUUUAUAGCCUCCUGUAGACAGUCCUGGAAUGCACAGAAACAAGAUUGAGUAUUUAUUACUUUGUUGAGUUUUGCUGUUAGUUUCAAAGCUAACACAGUGUCCUAAUCAAUUUUUUUUUUUUUUUUUUUUUUUUUGAGAAUUAUUUUUUUAAAUAAUGUUUAUUUCUGUAGCUGGAACAACAUACAAAUUAUGACAAUGAUAAUCUCAGGAACUGAUUAAGUGCUUCAUUAUUAUAAUUAAUGUUAAAACUGUCUAAUAUGACCUGGAAUAUAUAGCCAUACUGAAAAUGACCAUGGAAAAUUUACCUCAGAUCUUUAAUUAUAUAAAUGUGAACUCAGUGUGAAAAAAUACAAUAAAAUAUGGUUUUAGUCACUCAACUUUUCUCUGAAUUUAGUUUUUAUCUCACAAUUAGGACUUUUUUUCUUGCAAUACUGAGAAAAAAAAAAAAUACAACGUAUACAUUCUAAAUUGCGAGAAAAAGUCAUAUUGUGAGAUGUAGAAUUAUUUGAUUUAAACUCAGAAUUGCAAGAGAUAAAAUCAAAUCUCAGAGAAAAGGACAGAAUUGAGGUUCAGACUCGUAAAAAGGAAUUAUACUCGCAGUUGUGGGAAAAAGUCUGAAUCGCGAGAAAUAAAUGCGCGAUUGUGACGAAAAAAAAACUUGGACUAUUAACAUAAAUUGCAAUUAUCUUUUUAAUAUUUUUAUUUUGUGACGGAUCUAUUUGAUUAUGUACUUUAUGUUCUCAGAGAGAGACCCGCCCAUAUCCUCUUCUGAUUGGCUGGAGUUUUUUGACGCAUUUCAUUGCAUGUCUGUGGAAAAACACUUAUUAUUGUUGGAAUCUUAUCGCAAUGCAUCAGGUUAGGACACGGUGUAACAUCAACAUACUACUGUGCUACUAAAAACUGUCAAAAAAUGGUUAAAAGCAGUUAUUGUAGUUAAUUUUUUAGCUUUAUAACAAAGCCCUUCAACAUGUCCCGCCCCCAUCUUCGUGUUUAAACAGGGAAAUAUGUCAACUCAGGAAAGAAAACCAUGCUUGUCAAACAUUUCACGAGGUUUUUAAUUCAGCUGACAACAGUAAUCCGGAGCAUAUGCUGACGUCUGAAUUAUGUUCUAAGGUGCCUGUUUAUUCAGCAACAAUGCAUAAUGAAUUAUUAGAGGGAAUCAAUAAUUUAUGAAACGAUGAGGCACUUCUACACAGUAACAGAUUAGGCAAUUUUCUAGUGUCAAAAACAAACUUCUUUUUUUUUUUCAUUAUGAGAUCUGGAUGUUUGUGAAUCUAUCACACUUCAACUGCCUUAAUUGAUUGGAUCCUCCACUGAGUGGGAAAGAAGAUUGAAUAAUAUUAAGAGAAGAUCUCCCUGAAGAAUAUGAGAUGUUGAACUUCUGAGAACGUUCCUAUCAUGAGAUUUACGGCACAAUCUUUCACUAAUUAGAUCCUCCGUCUUCACAACCACACACAAAAAUAACAGACCAAUAUCACAAGAAAGCACAUAAUGUAUCCAUGCCCUGUAGGAAUACAGAGACCAAUACAACAGAUCAUCACUCCACACCUGCUGCAGUUCUUCAGGUGCUAGUUAAUGAUCACUGCUGCUAUAAGUUCAAGGUUCAAACCCCAGUUUUUGUAAUACCUAAACUUUUAUGUAUUCAAACUUGUUAUUUUAGUGCACGCAUAUUCAUUUGGACACUCACUGAUACGUACAUUAUUAUUGUACUGACAACAAAACAUAAAUACCUUGCAUAUAUUACUUUAAAAAAUGAUUAAAUGUUUAAGGAUUACACAAUGUUGAAUAUGUGGAUUUCAAAACUGUAUUUAUAUGAUAGUACAAUACGUUGAUUUAAUGUCUCAUUUGUAAUCAAACUGCUCUCUGUUCUAUUUUUUCCUUUUUUUUAAGGUAAGACUGGUCACAAAAUAGUUUGCUUUAGUCAUAAAAUCAGUGUGUUUCACUUAUAUUUAAUACUUGUGGAGCUUUGAUAAGGUUCAAUUUCCAAUGUACACAUAAAUUAUGAUAAAAAUAAAUUCUAUAAAAAACUGAA